AUGUCCAACGAAGGGCGUGAAUCAGCUCUCCCGGAGAAAUCCUCGUCCGAGUUGCCAUCGUCGAGCGCCGUACAGAUCGACUCAACUUCAAGUGAUAUUGUCAACUUCAGCAACUCUGAAGAUCCAUCCAACCCCAUCAACUGGCCGCUUUCCAAAAAGCUUGUCACAAGUGGGCUCUAUAGUCUGACAAGUCUGGGAUCUGUUUGGGCAAGUACUGCAUACUCAUCUGCCAACAGCAAGAUCGCAGAUGAAUUUCACGUAUCUUCCGAAGUAGCUUUAAUAGGAACAAGUCUAUUGCUCCUAGGCUGGGGAUUUGGUCCUCUACUAUGGGCACCCUUGUCAGAGAUUUAUGGACGGAAAUGGCCUGUCAUGGUCCCCUUUUUUGUAUCAAUGGCAAUGUCGUUUGGGACUGCAUCCGCAAAGGAUAUCCAAACAAUCCUGAUUACUCGUUUCUUCACAGGGUUUUUCGGAGCUGCACCAAUCACCUGCACAGGAGGAGUAUUUGUUGACAUCUGGGACGCAUCACAACGAGGUAAUGCUAUUGUCGGCUACACACUCGCUGUCUGCGGUGGUCCAGCCAUUGCCCCCGUCGUUGGGGGUGCUAUCAUUUACGCUGGCGCAAGUUGGAGAUGGACCGAAUACACUACGGGCAUUCUGCAAGCUUCGGUGCUGCUCCUUGACCUGAUAUUCAUCCAAGAAUCAUAUGUACCAACCUUGCUCGUCAAAAAGGCGCGCAAGCUUCGGCAGACCACUGGAAACUGGGCCCUCCAUGCAGAGUGGGAAGAGACCGACAUUUCUAUCAAAGAACUCGCCAUAAAGUUUGGCCUCCGGCCUCUUCAGAUGUUAAUGACACCAAUCUGUCUCUCUGUCACCAUCUACGCCUCCUUUAUUUACGGAGUAUUCUACGCCAGUCUUGCCUCCUUCCCUAUCAUUUUCCAAGGGUCCCGAGGUUGGAAUGACCUUAUCGGAUCACUUCCAUUUCUGGCUGUAUUGAUAGGCAUUAUACUGGGCGCGGUGCUCAGUGCUUUCAACCAAAAAUAUUACAACAAUGCAUACACAGCCAACGGUUAUAAACCUGUACCCGAAGCUCGACUGCCACCAAUGAUGAUAGCAUCGGUUGUGCUUGCUGGUGGUCUCUUCAUCAUCGGUUGGACUUCUUCUCAACAAAUUCCCUGGAUAGCUACCAUUAUAGGAGUCUGUAUGAUGGGUUUCGGAUACUAUACGAUUUUCACAAGCGCGUUGAAUUAUCUCAUUGAUACCUUUCAGAGAUGGGGCGCCAGUGCUGUUGCCGCUAAUACAUUCUUUCGAAGCGUACUAGCUGCCGUUUUCCCACUCAUUGUUCCACCUAUGUACCAUCGUCUUGGAGAUGGCUGGGCAUUUAGUGUAUUUGCUAUUUUUGCUGUACUAAAUAUCCCAAUUCCGUUCGUUUUUUGGUUUUAUGGCCAGCGAUUAAGAGCGAUCGACAAGUACAGUUCUAAUAUGGGGUAGUGUUCUAGUGACAAAGAGGAUGCUCACCUUUGAGAUCAUAGAUAUUAGAAUAAAGGGCG